UGACAAUUUAUCAUUAAAUGCUAAUUAUUUAACAAGUUAGUAAGUUUAUAGUUAAAACUUAAUUUCUUAAAUAUGGAAUAAUUCUUUUGCAUUAUCAAUAAAUGAAUAAGUGAUUAAGUCAUUAAAACAUCUACCAAGAAGUCAUUCCAAUUUUAAAACAUUUAAAUAAUGCUGCUAUCUGGAAAUACUCAUCAAGUACUUGCUUUAAUCCACUACUGGGCAUUAAGGACCAAUACGGCAAUAGCCAAAGGAAAUAUCUAUCAGAUAUUGUUACAAUGCUAUUUAAUCAAGUGGAACUUCUUCUGAAACCUGACAAUGAAAGAAGAAUGCAAUUGAAAAGGAUACAGAACUUGAUGGACUAAUGACUGUUAUCCUUAAACUCAGGAGAUAGGACCUAACUGCUGCAAACAAAAUGGUUCAAUUAGGCUAUGACAGUGAUGAAGAGACAAAUGGUUUAGAGCAAGUCCAGCAAAAAUACACUUUUAGAAAAGCUGUCACGCCUUAUGUCUGCUCCACACCAUGUGACCUAGACGAAGAGAGAAGGUACAUUUCAAAGGAAAUAUUCCCCAAACUGGCCGAAUUGUGCCACCUAAGGUGUACAGAGUUCAGUCCCUUUGACAUGCCCUGGCAGUCAAACUCUCUUCAGACGGAGGAAGGUCAUCUGUUACGUAUGAAUUUAGAAUACAUAGGAAAAUGUGCACCAUUCUUUCUGUGCUUACUGGGCGAGACUUACGGGCCUUACAGAGCAUUGGACUCCCCGAAAUUGCCGGAAAGUUUGCACAGCAUGCCUGAUGACAUCAGCUGGAUUGACAAGAAUUACAUGAUAGCGGCCAGUGCGGGCUACAAGUGGAUCAAGAAGGAGGUGCAUGUGAACUGCAGCAUCACGGAGCUCGAGAUAUUACAGGCGGUGUUCCUGGGGGAGAGUCACCGCUGCCACUUCUACUACAGGCAGCCUGAACACCUCGAUGAUAAGCUUGCUGGGGUCUCCGAAGAGGAAAAAUGUCGUCUUGUUGAUCUUCACAAACCUAAGGAUGAGUAUGCAGACCUCAAUAUUCGCGACCUCAAGCAGCGUAUUGUGAACAAGGGCCUGCAUGUGAAAUACUUCAGGACAUGUGAGCAGCUUGGAGAGCAAAUAAUGGCGGACUGGGUGGCGAUUAUUGAUGAAUUGUACCCACCAUUGCUGGGUGGACCCAGUCUGUAUGAUAAGGAAGAAUACAGAGACUGGUUGAGUAAUGAGGUGUUCUCGGAGAGCCGUCGCAAGGUGUUUGUGAGUUACCCUGAGUUACGUAGCGUCCAGCAGGAGAUGACGUCAUUCUGUGACGAUGUGAAUGACUACAGCUGUCUCGACAUGGAGGAUGAGUUCAACAGCCACAGGUUCAUGAGUCAGUCUGCGUCCAGUGCCAUGAGGAAACAACAUGACGUCACAGUCAAGUUCCCUUCUGUGCUUGUGAUGCAUUCUGAUCGCGGCAUGGGGAAGUCUACCCUAGUGGUGAACUGGGUACGACAUUUCUCUGCUGAGAAUCCAGAUGUCAAGGUCAUCAGCCAUUUUAUAGGCAGCAGUGGACACAGUCGAGAUGCUACCAUGUUCAUGCAGAAAUGCGUGAAAGCGCUGAGAGAGGAAUAUCUGCCUGAUGAGUGUGACGGUAUUGUGGAUGUGGACACGGUGAAACAGAACUUUAAGGAGCUGAGCGGCAGUUUCCAGGCAUCCCUUUCCCUUGGCCCCUGUGUGCUGGUGCUGGAUGGAGUGGAUGAAUUAGGAGGCUCUAGGGAGCUCUCACCCCAAGAGAUCAAAUCGUUCUCAUGGAUACCACUGCCAUUACCUCCACAGUGUCGUAUAGUCAUAACCACACUUACGUCAGACAUCAGUUGUGUAAACCUGGGAAAACGACCAGACGUGAAAUUCAUCGCUCUCACAAAUUUCAGCAACACUAAGAUUAAAGCAGAGUUUCUGGAAGAUCACAUGCAUGUUCAUUAUGAUCAUCUCAAGCGUUGUCAUCUACAGACGAUAUUUGAAUCGAAACUUUCAGGGAAGCCAUUGUUUCUAAGACUAAUAGCAAACGAGAUGUGUUCACUUAGUGUCUACACAGAACUGGACAAGUACACAGAAACGAUCCGAGAGAUGUGCACAUCGAUACGUGACCUAUUUGUGCGGUGUUUCAAGCGCUGGUCACAUGACUACAGCUGGACUUAUGAGGUGCUCUCUGCAGAGCAAACUGAGAGCGAAGAAGCAGACUUUAUUGGCUGGGUGCCAGAUGUGUUACGUCUGCUGGCGGUGUCAAGGUCAGGUCUCAAAGCCCACGAGAUCCUAGACAUUUUAGUUGCCAUGGGAUACCAGGAGAAUGUCAUGGUGACCCCAUUUGACUGGUACAUGUUUUUGAAGAGUGUUGGGGACAACCUCACUGAGAGCCCCUUUGGAAUGUUCACCAUUUCCCACCAGCAUAUGAGGGAGGUGGUGGAAUAUGUCCUGCUCCGUACAGUGAAACCCUCUACUGCCGAGCUGAUCUCUGUGUCAGACGUAGGGAAGGAUUGGAAGAAACAGAAGAUCCUGUUCCACCAGCACCUGGUCAAGUACUUCCGGGCCCUGCCCCCGGGUCAGAGGCGAGCAGAGGAGUUACCAUGGCAACUGCUCAUGGCCUGUGAUAUGCAGGGGCUGAAGGAGGAACUCACUGACCCUGACACGUUUGAGAGGCUGUAUGAUGCUGGAGGUCACAACCCGUCCAGCCACUCUGACCUGACCAGGAGCUGGUACUACCUGGAGAGGGAGGGCAUGAGCGCUGCCGACGCGUACACUCACCUGCUGGUACAGAUGGGGGUGCUGGAGAAGCCUUGUGAUGAGCCUGAGAACCAGUCCAUGGAGGAUGAAAUAUUGUCAGUCUCCUCGGAGGAAAUGAUGUCAUUAUCAUCGCCCGAUGGCAAGGGUAGCAUUACUCCACCCACGAUCAUGUUGUACACAAGUAACUCCCCAAGCGUGCCCACUAUUUUUACCACGCCAGCGUCUGAUGCCCACAAGCUGUCUGUGAUUGACGAGGCCAGUGAUAUAUCAAAGGAUGACAGAAGUAUCCUUGAUGACAAUGGCAGUGUGAAUGAUCAAGUGUUUAUGACACAGGAGACUCAAGACCAAGAGGAAAUGUUUGACUUAAGCCCAGCACAAACUACCAUGCUGACCUGGCAUAUAGCUCAAUUUUUGUUGGAACUGGGACACAAAUUAGCAGGGGAGACAAUUCUGUUGGAACUAAACACAAGAUUGAUGAAGGCCUACCCCCUUACUGAUAGGGACCAGCUAGUGCAUGCCCAGGUCCAGGAGCAUCUAGGUCAGCUAUAUGUAGAACGGGGUGACCUUGACCUCGCAGAGAAGUGGUACCGCAAGGCAUUGAGGAGCACCAUGGACAUGUUUGAGGCAGAGGAAACAGAAGAGUUGAGGCGCGAUAUCCAGACACUAAAAUGCAAAAUUAUUAAGCAGAUAGGCUUUCUUCGUUUACAAGAGGGGAUGCUGGAUGAUGCAGAUGACCUCUUGCAGGAAGCCCUUGACCUUUCAGAGGUCAUUCGAAAUAUCCCAUUGCAAGCCACAGUAAAUUUCCAUGUUGGAAACCUGAGGAACAAGCAGAAUGACUACUUGAUGGCAGAGACAAACCUUCGUAAGAGUUUGUUGCUGAGACAGCGGUGGUUUGGACGUUCACACCCUCUGGUGGCGGACACUCUGUUCUCACUGGGGAAACUCACUGCGGACGAGAAUAAUGACAAGGGGUUUGAUAGGUCAACUGCAGGAAAUGCAUUUCGGCGCUGCCUGCAGAUAAGAGAACAACACUUGGAGAAAGACCAUGUACUGAUAGCUGAAGUUCUGUUUGAACUUGGAAAACUACUCAAAUUUGAUACUCACUAUUCGGGGAGAGCAGAAUGCCAGAGUGUGCUACGUAGGGCCUUGGACAUCCGCAUUACCCAGCUAGGCGGGGACCACAUUGAGACAAGGGCUGUGAGAUCCUACCUGAACAGCCUUGAGGUCUCACUGAAGUCUGCCAAGCAUGAUAUUCGUUCUGCCGAAAGACCCUUUAGCUCCCUAACUUGGCGUAGUCAUGACCUUGCAAACAUUGAGAGAAAGUCACGCCUUCAGUCUGGUAAAUCGAGCAGCUAUGGUCUUUUUUCACGACCUGGAAGUCAGUUGUCAAGAACUGGAAGCCAUUUCUCAAGGGGUUUGAGUCAGAAUCUUUCUCGUCCUGUGAGUGGGCAGGUGGAUCACGGCGACGGGAUUCAUAGCCAGAGGAUCAGCAUGACGUCGUUUCUUUCAGCCUCCGAGAGGAUCAUGAUGGAGACAAACAAGCCUCGGUUAUUGCACAGGGAAACAGUGGACAGGAAAUUGAAACAGAAUUUUGAAACACGGCAGACUGAAAAUACACCUGAAGAACCAGUGGCAAACUCUGAUGCUAGGAAGCAAAUUCAUGUAAACAUGGACGUGGCAAACAUUGACGAGCCUCAAGUGCCUGGGUCAGGACAGUUGCUGGACAGUUUUGGUGUGGAAAAUGAAAAAUCAGGCGUGAAAUUCAGGUCAUCACAAGUGUCAGCUCAUUCGCACAGCGAUGAAAGGAUUGGUGCAGAGACCCCUCCACAGAGGUUGUUCAAGAGAUAUGGCAGCCCUCAGAACCAGGCGGGUGAUGCAAUGGUGGUCAGAGUCGGGGACACACCUCUUAGAACGCUUGAUAGCAGUUUUGUUCCCCGUAAAGAAUCGUCCAUUAGGACAAGAAGACCUGCAGGAAGUGCUCGAAGUGCCAGGAGCGUUGGAAGUUCUCUGUACACUAGCUGUUCUGGGGCCUCAAUCGCAAGUCACAGGUCCAACUGUGACAUUCCCAAGGGACCAUUCAGUAUACAUAUCAGUAACUCUCGAACCAUAACGCAGGGACCCCACAGCUCUGUGAGAAGUCUGCUAGGAGACACAGGCCCCAAAGACAUUUCCAAGGGUAUACAUCACAAGUCAGCCUGGUAUCAUGUUCCUGGUCGAUACAGUACGUCAGAUAAGAAACACCCACCCAAAAGGUCCCAAAUAAGAAAAGAGGCCCAGGAAUUAGAGAAAUCAAUACCCCCAGUUGCAGAACAUCCCCAUGCAACAUUUAUGAAAAGUGACUACAGGAAAAAUAAUCCAAACAUGCUGUACAAAGGUUAUCCCAGCAAAAGUGUCCACACAUGUGGUAGACAAACGUUCGGCCCCUACCCACGGCAGGAUACAAAACAAUACACAUUAUGCGACAAGUGUCGCCAGGAAGCUGUAGACAUUAUCACGGCAAAGGAAGAAGAGCUGCUGCAGUUAGUAAACUCUGAGAUGGAUGCAGAGGGGCCUCUUGCACCAAAGAUAAGUGGACUCACGGCACCUGAUAGGCCUAGACAAGUGGGUUAUGUUCUAGAGGAACCUAUUAUACCAGACGACUAUGGCCAUGCACCAACAGUGACAUUCAAAGAAGAAGUUUUGAUUAAUUAGGACUUUGGUUUUUUACAUAAAAAAAAACGUAAGUUACCUCCAAAGUUCAAAUUAAAAGCUUGUACGCGUUAUACAUUGUUGAUACAACGCCCUCCUGGCUGCAAUAUAAAAAUGGCGUCCAUUUUCGAUCUGUUUUUCAGUUUUUUUUGUAUUGAUUUCUUUUUUUGUGUGCUCCAUUAUGGCUUUAAAAAAUUGCAUACGCGUUAUACAUGGGGCGAACUUUACGCGGUAACUUACAAUAUUUCAUAUACAAAGGACACAUUUGUCCUGGGUUUCACCUCAGAUUUUAUGGGCCAUAAGUUAGGGUGUGUGUGCAAACAUUAGUCCUGGGUUUCACCUCAAAUUUUAUGGGCCAUAAGUUAGGGUGUGGGUGCAAAUUCUCAGCCCUGUUAAAAGUAUUGUGGAUUUUGUUGUGGCUUUUUUCUUGAUAGUCAGAUCUAAUAGUUAUUGUGCUAAAGUUUCUUUUAAGGGGCAAGUGUGAAACAGAAACUGUUGAGUCAGAUCCAUACACUAGUUUCAUCCAUCAACCUGGGAUGGUGGAUGCAACUGCCUUAACCCAUUUAUUCCUAGUUGACUUUCCCAUCCUUCAAAAUUGGAUAAAUUUAUUUCCAAAAUUAGGGAUGUCUAGUAAAUUUAUUUCUAUAUUUAAAAUAUUUUUUACAGAAAUUCCUUUAAGCAAACAGCGCAAACCCUGAUGAGACGCUGCAUCAUGCAGCGUCUCAUCUGGGUCCAACUUUGCCAAGGCCUUUUUUCUAGACGCUUGGCAUGAAUGAGUUAAAGACGUGCAGGUCCAAAUUUCUUUGAAAUUGAAAGAAGCAUAAUUGUGAUUAAGGAACACUGUCACAAGACUUUUGUUUUUCUAAAUGUUAUUUAUCUCUUAGUUGAGAUUUUCUUUUAUUUUUCUUUAUAAUGGACUUAAUAGCAUAAAGUCUUUAUUAGCAAAAAUUAUGACAAGCAAGCUUUAUUUUUGGUAUCAUAGGAUCUGUAGUAGUAUUUUCAAAACAUCUAACAUUUUCUUAAUUUCUUAAUUGUGCAUUUCUAUGAAAUUGAAUUAUUUUUAAAUAAUGUGAAAGCCUUAAACAAGAAAAGAACUAUGAGGUACUGCACUCAGAACAUGUUCUCAUGCACAAAGCAUCCAAAACACUUUGUUUUGAUAAGGUAAAUAUGAUUUUGCAAUUCAAUCAAUGUUUUUGUAUUGUGUUUUUUUGAAAGCAAGAUCAUUUCUUCAAGUAUAUACAUUAAUAAGUACUCUUGUUGCACCGUGCUGUACAUUGCUAGGUUGUAUUAUGCAGUAUAGUUAGUUUUUAAUAAUGAUAAAUGAAAUAUUUGAUUGUUUGAUGCAUUCACACUUAAUGAAUAUUGUAUAUUUAUGUAUUGCUAAAAUUGCACAAUAAUUGAAACAUUUUUUAAUUGUGUCAAGUUAAAGGUUUGGUAGUUGCAUAUAAAUGUGGUUUUGUAUGAAAAGAAAUAUUAUUAAAUAAGAUUUUUAGUCCCCUACUGGUGAAAUCGGAGAGGAACCUAUGGUUUGCGCUCUGUGUGUCUGUCAGUUUGUCACACUUUUCUGGAUCCUGCCUGCAAUAACUUUAAAAGUUCUUCAUAUUUUUUCAUGAAACUUGGAACAUUGACAGAUGGCAAUAUGGAGAUUAUGCACGUCAUUUCAUUUUGUUCCUACAUCAAGAAUUUUGGUUGCUAUGGCAACAAAUAGACUCUGCAAUAACUUUUAAAGUUCUUUAUAUUUUUUCAUAAAACUUGAAACAUGGAUAGAAGGCAAUAAGUAGAUUAUGCACGUCAUUUCAUUUUGUUCCUACAUCAAGAAUUCUGGUUGCUAUGGCAACAAAUACUAAAUGUUUAAUUAAUUAAUUAAUAAAAAGUAAAAAAAAAUGAAAACAACAAAAAACCACUACAUUCUUUCAAUUAAAUUUAACAAAGACAAUCUCUCUAAAAUAGCUACCAGUAGGGGACUUUUAUUGCUUGGCAAUAGUCUUGUUUUUAAAUAUAUUGUGUAUUACCAACAUUAUAUGAGAAAACAUUUAUCAAGUGAAUUUACAAUUUAUUUUUUUAGUUAAAGAAUAGUGCUCUUGCAUGAAUAUUAUGUGUUCACAAUGCAUUAUAUAGCUUUGAAACAUGUAUGUAAAAAAAAUUGUAAUCACGUAUACACGAGACCCUGAACAUAAAAUGUUAAUACUUUUCUUUACAAAUAUUAAUGUUCUGUACAUUAUUUGUAAUUUUUUAGUUUUAAUUAAAAAAAAAUAUAUUUUGAAUAAUGUAAUAAAACUAAAAGUGUUGCAUGUAGAACUUUAGGAAAUAUGUGUGUAUCUAUUUGGCUACAAAUUAUUUUGUUUUGAAUGUGGAUCUUCUGUGUACAGUUGCAUAUGUACUAAAAUAACUGGCUCAAUUGAUAUAAUAACUAUGUUUUGUUUGUAUGUUCAAGAAAACAUGGUAAAGUAGUACUUAAGAUAAAACAUGUAAUUACUGCUUUGUAUUGUUUUUAAGUAAAACCUUUUUUAUUAACAUGCAUGUGGUAGUUGCAAGUGUCUAUACGUGUGUGUUCAUAGUGUUGUAUGUUGUUACAUUUAUUGUAGAGUUUGUCACUUAACAUGCACUCCUGUAUCUUUUAUUCAGUAUAUAUUAUGUUUUUGAAAUAAUAAGUUAGCACAUGAUGGCAACAUUUUAUUGAUUUACAUUCAUGACUUCCACUGUGAUAUUAGUUGAUGUAUUUAGGCGCUAUUAUUAUGUUUUGUUGAAAUGUAUAUUUACAAUAUAAUAAAUAGAGGCAAAGCUU